AUGGCCCAGUCGUCGCCAUUGUCUGGCGACAUCAUCGCACAGCUUGCACAGUAUUCGGCGUGUGACAUUUCAGAUGCGCUGCUGAAGCUCAACGUCCCCGGUGCCGGCUACAUUGCUGACCUCGUUGCAUACAGCCCGCAACAAGGGGGCCAAGCCACUGAAUCACAAGUUACCAUUGCCCCUGUGUUUACAAUCUUAUUUGCCCCAAAGGAACGGUCGUCCGACGAUGGCCUGCCCUUGAAAAACAUCCCCAAGGAUUCCCAUUGGGCUGAUAUCAUCCAGCCCGGGACUUUUGCCGUUUUAAAACAGCCCCCAGGUCAAACAAACGCCGUCUGCGGUGGCAUCAUGGCCCUGAGAAUGAAAGUACGCCAGGUCACAGGUAUCAUGGUUGCCGGAAGAGUGAGAGACUUGGACGAGUUGAGAAGCACCGCUUUGCCAAUUUGGGCCUACGGCACUUCUACCGUGGGGGCUGGUGGUGGUAGCGUGCCAUGGGCCGCCCAAGUUGCUGUCGAGGUCAAUGGAGUUCAAGUCACCCCAGGCGACGUUGCGUUUAGCGACCCGGGCAAUGGCGUUGUGAUUAUUCCACAAGAUAAAGUCGGUCAAGUCUUGGAACUAUUGCCUAGCCUUGUUGCAGCGGAUGCCAAAGUAAAGGAAGAUGUCCUCAAAGGCAUGUCUGUCUAUGAAGCUUUCAAACUACACCGGGGGGCAUGA